AUGCUAUCUGAAAGCUCCACAGCAAGAGCUCACUCAUCCUAUCCCGAAAUGUAUAAUUACCCAUUUUUUGUACUAUUCACCCUCUUUCCACCCACAAUGAACGUCAAUAUAAAUGUUUCGCAAUUAGAUCUAACUGACAAGCAUACAAAAGAACGCAAAGUGAAGCUAGACUGUUGGGACAUCAUACAAAUAUGUGCUGCACCGAUAUCCAUCAUCCUCCCAAUCAUCACUUACUUACUACUAGAAGAAGAUACUAUCCGGUAUAACACACUUCCUCAGCUUGCCAUAGUCCUUCCCCCUUUCCUAUACUCGGGAAUACAGUACUUUGUUUUAUUCAAUAACAACAGAAAGGAAGAAUGUGAGUCUCUAUCUACACUCAAGUCUGCCCUAGCCUUCCUCCUCAACACUCUCCUUCUUCUAUUCUCAAUCAUUUCGUUCCUCUCAAUCAUUGCACUUCUCAUUGAUAAAUGGGACAAAGAUUCCAAAAUUAUCUUUUCUAUAGUGCUACCUCCUUUGCUCGCUCCUACUUACUUACUCUCCACCUCCUGUAGUCUUGCUCAGUCCAACUUUCACUACACAACUGCCAACACCGUCGACAUCCUUCUUGAUCUGCUGAUUCUCUUGUCCAUUCCAGCACCAUUCAUCGCCUGUAUCGUCUUUAACAUUGAUGAAAAUGCCUGGAUGCUUUGCUUUACCGUCAUUCUUGCCAUUCUCACUCUGAUCAGGUCGUGGAAAGAGAAGUACUUUCCAUCUGCAAAGUAUGACAGUCCAACCAGGCUAUGGAGAGUAGCCAUCCCUGUCAUCAUACUAGUCAUCGCUAUAAUCGCCUACGGUUUUAUGGCGAUUUUGUCUUUAUUAAUCUUACAUAAUGAACUCCCCAGCCUUUUCGAAUCUUAA